AUGGAAUUCCCCGUCUUUGCCCCGCAGACUGUGCUCUCCUCGGUCAAGUUAGGGGAACUCCUCCAGGCCCUCGACCGAUCGCCGCCUCCUCCUGGCCAUUGUGACGAGAUUCAUCCUAAGUGCGGCAACUGUGUAAAACACGGCGUAUCAUGCGACUUCGAGAAUCCAGCCAUCAUCCAGCAGCUUUUGGCUGCCGCUAUUGCGACAUCACCUACGCCUGCCCCGACUCUCGUCGACCCCGUCAGUCCCGCACCUAGUAACUUUACCACCUCGACAUCCGUCCCCGCCCCUUCUCCCGCUCCCUCCCAACUUACUGCAACUAUCCCGGAUGUGCCGCAGAUAUUUAGCCCCUUGCCUCUGACCAUCCCGGCCCCUGCCCCAACCGGCAGCAACCGAUUCCUGGAGUUGAGGCUGAUGCACCACUACACCACUCACACCAGCAAGACCUUGGCGACUAGUGUGAACCUCAGCGACGAUGUGUGGGUGAAUGCCGUGCCGAAGCUGGCUUUUGAGGGAGCAUCAUAUUUGACAGAUGCCAUGCUAGCAGUGGCCGCGUUGCAUUUGCGAUCUAGGAAUCCUGACGAUCAGGAUAUCGUCCAAGCAUCUCAUGCGUACAUGGCUUCGUCUCUCUCUGCGUAUUGCGAUACUUUGAAAGCCGGCAUUAAUGAGACCAAUGCUGAGGCGCUGUUCCUCACGGCGUCCCUGAUAGCAUAUCAGUCUACAGCAACACGAUUGUUUAUCCGAGACGAUCCGAACACCAAUUCCCCGAAUGCGAGAAACGGCGGCUACAAUCUACCUUUGUCAUGGUUCCACGCAUUUCAGGGUGUCAAGGCUGUUGUUGUGUCUAGCUGGCAGUGGAUUAGGAAUAGCCGUGCCGUCCUGAGUGUCAUCGACUCUCAACCACCGCUUCAACUAGACCCAGAGUUGAGAUCCUCGUCCUCUUUCUUCGGCCAUCUGACGGAAGGCAUCGAUGACGAAGUAGAUAUCGAAGAUGAGGAGAACCCCGACUCCACCCGCAACGCAUAUUACCAUGCCAUCUCAGUGCUUAACUGGGCACACAGGUCUCCGCACACCGGGGCCUGUCUUGCAUUCCCUGCAACGGUUGCUCGACGCUUUGUUGAGCUAAUAGAGCUGAAACGACCCCGGGCGCUAGUGAUACUCGCGUGCUUCUUUGCCCUGCUCAAGCGCGCACAACACCUGUGGUGGAUUGACGGCGUACCCCGCAGGGAAAUCAUGGGCGUGGUAUCUCUUUUCGAGCCCGGUUCGCCGUGGUGGCCCCAUCUUGACUGGCCGCUCAAGAUCGCUCUCUAUGAGGGUGCGGUGAUUCCGCCGGAAGUCUGGGGCUUCGAUUGGGUGGCGGAGACGAACCGGGCUGCGCAAAACUACAAUCCGCAAACGACGUUCGUGGAGCAUAUUGAAGUGGUAGCGCAGAUGUUAUCACGGCCGAACUCGUUACCCUGUGGACCAGGACCGGCGGAUCAGCAUAUGGCGUAG